GCCAACUCGUAUAUAUACCGGUGUCUCAGGAGAAAGUCAUUCAGUCUCCGUAUAACGAUGAAGGUCUUUCUUUUGGGAGUUGCAGUCUGCCUGUUUGUCGGCACCAAAGGAGGAUCGGCCUUUUUGCUUGACAGCGAUUGUGGAACAUCAAACCCUGACCAUGCUCCAACUAUAGGUAUAUACGAGAAUCCCUGGAUGGUGAAAGUCUUGAAUAAAACCUAUGGCUUUGAGUUUGGCGGUACGCUUAUCACCUCACGGUUUGUUCUGACUGCGGCGCAUUGCAUAUCCUUAGAAGAAAUGUAUGUGCACCUGGGCGACUUCUUAGUUGAAGAGCCGGGUCCAGAUUGUUUUUCGGGCUUGUGCGUACCAAGGCAAUAUGUAAUUUCUGUCGACAUGAAAAUAGUUCAUUCAGCUUUCGACGUGGGGCAAAAGAGUUCCAACAUCGGCCUGCUUCGAAUGAAGAGUGGCGUUGUAUAUUCAGAUUAUGUAAGGCCGAUCUGUCUCCUCGUCGAUGAGCACCUGCCACCCGGCUCAAGCUUUAACUCCACCGGAUGGGGACACGAUCUAAGUGCAAAUAAUCAAUCGGGGGAAAUACUACUUAAGGCCAUUCUGUACAAUACCAAUCGAUCGCAUUGUACGUUAAAAUAUGGCAAGCACGCAGAUCAAUCCGAGAUAUGUGUUGGCAGUAACACGGUUGACACCUGCAAGUGGCGCUUGGGAAACCUGCUAUCCGCAGAGUUCGCUUACGGGGGCAAGACCCUGAAUUUCCAGAUCGGUUUGGCUAGCUAUGGAUCUUCGAAAUGCUCUACUUCAGGUGCACUACUUGUCUACACAAAUGUCACGCACUAUACACCAUGGAUCGUGGACACAAUUACGAGAUUAUCAAAUUAGAUAAAACCACUCCAGCCAGGAACAGUCUUUAAAAUGGUAUAGUCCGUAUCUAAUUUAGAGAGAAAUUAUAAUUUCGC